UUGUUCUUACAAAAUCGACCCCGAACAAUUUUAACUGACAAAACCUAAAUCACACAAAUUCUCCAUCUCUGUCGCUCAUCUGCAACUCUCUUUCGCCCUCUUUCCGGCUGACGUCCCGAAGCCCUUCGCCACUCUUCCAACUUCGUAUUCAUCUCGCGAUCCUUUCGUCUUUGUUUCUCAUCACAAGCUAUAAUUAUACAGUCGUAUAAUUAAAAAUGGAGCUGACCACUAUUAAAGAUGGAUUUGAUCAUGUGACAAAGAAACAAAAGCUGUCAAGCUCUAAAGCUCAAGAAGUGUUCGAUCUGAUCGACAAAGAAAUGAAGCAGACAUUACAAAAGCUACAAUCAUCCAAUGGUUGUGAAUCUCAGGUUGAUUGUAAGUCUUCUCUUGCUGAACUUAAAGUCAAGUUAAAAGAUAUAGCUCCACUCAGUCAGUUGGAAAGCAUGCAGAAGGAACUGAACCUAGCACUUGGCAAGUAUCCAAAGAUUCUGGAGAAAUCCUUCAUUCCUGAUAUAUCCAAGGCUUAUAGAAACAUUGACUUUGAUACCCACACAAUUAAUGAGAUUAUUGGCAGCCAUUUCUAUCGGCAGGGCCUAUUCGAAGUUGGUGACUGUUUUAUAAGUGAGACUGAGGAAUCAGAAUCUGUGGCUGCUAUGAAAUCUCAGUUUCAGGAAUUGUUUCGGAUAGUUGAGGCAAUGAAAGAUCGGAAUCUAGAGCCAGCACUGAACUGGGUCGUGAUUAACUCUGAUAAACUAAAACCAAAUGGUUCAGACAUAUUACUGAAACUUCACAGUUUGCAAUUUGUCGAAAUAGUGCAAAAGGGAAACAGAGACAGAGCUCUCCAGUAUUCAAAAACUUGUCUUGCUCCUUUUGCUUCCAACUAUAUGGCUGAAAUACAAAGGCUCAUGGGGAGUCUUCUGUGGACUGGAAGACUUGAGUACUCCCCAUACUCUCACUUAUUAUCACCAGCCAUUUGGGACAAAGUUUCCGGGGAGCUAACCAGGCAGUUCUGCAAUAUUCUGGGCCAGUCUUACAAGAGCCCAUUGAGUGUGACCAUGGCUGCAGGGAUUCAGGGCUUGCCACCUCUUCUCAAGUUUAUGAAUGUAAUGGCAGGAAAAAGGCAGGAAUUUCAGUCUAUGAAGCAGUUACCUGUGCCAGUGGAGUUAAACCAUGAGUUUCAAUUCCAUUCUAUUUUUGUGUGUCCUGUGUCGAAGGAACAGUCAACUGAAGAAAAUCCGCCUAUGUUGAUGUCAUGUGGACAUGUGCUCUGCAAGCAGUCUAUUACGAAGAUGUCAAAGAAUGGGACAAAAGCUUUCAAGUGUCCAUACUGUCCUUCCGAUGUUGAUUCAGCACAGUGCAGGCCACUAAUUUUCUGAUGUAUCUGCAAAGGAACUAGUUGCAACUGUGUUUCUGCCACACUGGGUUAAGCUUGUAGAAACUAGUCAUGCUGUGCCGUGUAUGUAGGAUGUGUGGUUAUCGUGUCAAAAGCCGGUUUGUUUGGUGUGUUGAAGCAUUGUUUGUAAAUAGAUAUUCUUUCUACUGUCUGGCGGUUAAAUCAAUCCACUUCUCCUGGGAUUAAUUUGAAUGCAUCAUCAUCAGGAUCCCCAACACGAGGACAUGCUGGCUCAUUCUCAUGAGUAAGUUCUAAUUUUCCUGCUCGGUCAUGUAAAGUGUAAUUGGCUCCUCAAUUCAUGGAUCUCAAAUUCAGGCCGAUACUAUAAAACUGCGUCGUUUGGGGCAGUGUAGAGUCUAUUGCAUCUAAACUGACCCAAAUGGCCUGCCUGCCUUUAGAAGAAUGAGGAGCCUCGUCAAUAAUUUCUCACAUUUCUCUUAUCUGCAUCUUUUUUACCAACACAUAAUAGACUGUAAAUUUGUACUUUUAGUAAUUUAAUCAAGUCAGUGUUCUCAA